UCUAAAGACACGUUGGGUCACAGACCUGCCUCGACUGCUGUCCACAAUGAUCCUCUACCUGCUCUUGUCUGCUUUUGUCCUCGGUACUGUGACAUCACAAUCAGCCAACAGCACAGCAGAAAAGCUCGAUGAAGUUGGGAGGAACCAAACAUUCAACAGUACACUGAAACCAAAAAACGUGACAUCCACAUUUUACGAAGAGAAGAAGGCGGUUGAGGACAAACUGCAAAGUAACCAAGGUUCUGUUAUCACAGAAGAUGAAGAGAGUUUCCAGGAUGAGGAAAAUAAAAUUACUGGGGAAAACUGUAAUCGGACGUUACUGCAACUCUUCAGUUCCAGCUACUGUGGUGAAAUUUUUCACCAGAACAUGUGGGAUAUCGGCAGAGAUAACUGGUGUGUCCAGGAACGUUUCAUCAGCGCUUACAGUGACCUAACACACUGCGUGGAAUAUCUGGCUAAAAUGGUGGGCUGUUUCUUCCCAAACCCUGAUAUUCAAGACUUCUUUAUCGACAUCCAUUUGAAAUUCUUCCAGAACUGCACCAAUGAGAAUGAUCCGAUGACUGAAGAUGCCCCUCAGAAGGUGGUGAUUGGCCUCACUCUCCUUUCUGUGAGCUUCAUCCCCAUCAUGGUUUAUCUGGUCGCUCGGAGUUAGACGUGCACUUGUUGUACACAAGAAUUUACUCCAGAGGCUGAUGUGUGUAUUCUUUUUAACAAGAUUUAAGUCAUACGUUUAAAUGUGGUUAAAAAUGUGCUUUGUUAAGUCAUCUUGUGUUUUUACGAGUAUUGUAACACUUUCACUUUGCGUGGUAGACAUCAGCAGCUAUGCAUAAGCGCUUGAAAGACAAUUUGGCUGAGAUGUUAUGAACAUGAUGUUUAAAAAACAAUGACACAGCACUGAGCUUACUAUUUUGUUUCAUUUUUGUCUAACUGAGAAAUAUGCAACGUAUUUAAUUGCAUAGUUUGACUGUGUAAUCUAUAUAGAGGGAAAAUGUAUAUGCAAUUAAACUAUAUUACCUAAAAUAA